AACAAUGGUUUGGAAAUGGAAGGGAGCACGUCGACCCUAAAACCCAAAACCCAAAGGGAAGCAACUAUCAGGGUUCUUCCCCUUCUCUAUCUGUGGUCGUAUCUGGGUCUUCACCUCUCAGGCACAAGAACCCAUUUUGAGGGCAGUUUUCCUGAAACAAAAUUCACCGGCUGUCAAUUAUGGGUAGCCAUGGAUGUGACCAAAAUGGGGUUCUGAGAUCCUAUUCAGGUUCAUCACCAAGCCAUUACAGUCUCAAAGUAGACUCAUUUUCAUUCAUGACUGAAAAUUCAGUGGAAGGUUAUGAAGCAGAGGAGUUUGCAGCUGGAGGGCACAAAUGGAAAUUGGUGAUAUACCCAAAUGGAAACAAGAAAAGAAAUGUGGAAGGCCACGUCUCUCUCUACUUGGAAAUGGCUGGAGAAUAUUCACUUCAGGGUGAUUGGGAGAUAUAUGUGGAUUUUAGGUUGUUUUUACUUGAUCAGAAAAGGGGCAAGUACUUGGUUCUUGAAGAUGCUUUCGCAAAGGAAAAUUGCUUUCAUCGGGAAAUGCUGCGCUUGCCUGGUUUUGAUAGGCUCAUGCCUCUUGAAGAGUUUACUAAUGCCUCCAAUGGAUAUGUAGUUGAUGACACCUGCGUGUUUGGUGCUGAGGUCUUUGUUUGUAAAGAAAGAACAAAAGGCAAAAGAGAGCGUUUAUUAACGACAAACAAUGCAGUUAUGUACAAGCAGGUUUGGAAGGUUGAGAACUUUUCAAAGCUAGAUGAUCCAUUCUAUAAGUCAGAACCAUUCGUUGCUGGAAACCAGAAAUGGUAUCUCUGUUUAGCCUUCUUAUCAAUGUCCUUCUUUUCAGCAAUAACAAAGUAGAUGCUUAAGUUUUGAAAUAUUAUUCUGCACUAACUGCCGACAACACGUACAGUUAAGUUUCCAAUGGAAAAAAUAGAGUUCUUGUAAUUGAACUUUUGACUUGCAGGCAGGGUGAAUUUAAUUGUUCUUCAUGUGUUGAUUGCAGGUAGAUACAGUUCUAUCCCAAGGGAAUUGCCCACGGAAUGGGGACUCAUCUUUCUCUUUACUUGGCAUUAUUUGAUUUUAAACCAACUCCUCCUGUGUUCAAGAUAUUUGCAGAGUUUUGUGUUGGACCGACAAAGGUGGCAGACAACCCCGAAAGGCUGGCAGACAACCCCGAAAGGCUGACUUAAAUCAUGCCUUAUAUUAGGAAUAUUGUUUUUUGUAAUAAUAGAGUUUUUUGUAGAUGUAUAUAUAUGCUCUGUUAGUAGAGAUCAAAAUAAACAACAUUCCCAAAACAUUCUCGUUCAUUCUGAUAUGGUAUCAGAGCAGAGAUCCAAUUUGGAAUCUGUUCCGCUGUGUUUUUUUUCUUUUGUUUCUCGGGUUCUUUUGAGUUCUUUUGGGUUCUUUUGUUUAAUACAGAUUGGUUAAUACUGACACUCUAGCCAAUUCUUUUCUUCUGAUCAAACACUAUCUGAAACCCAUAAACCCAUAACCUGUUUUUGAUCUCCAGUCCUUGGUAUCUCAUCUGAUCACCUCUGAUCGCAUCCAUCCCAGAUCGGCGUCAUCCAUCCCAGAUCGGCGUCAUCCAUCACAGCGGCCCCUGCAAGCCAGCAACGCACGCCAGCUCCACCGCAGCCUCCAGUCUCCACCCACCGCCGCUGUUGCAACACCCAAGUCGGCAAAACUGCGCCUGCCCACGAGCGCAGUCCACUCGGCCCCGCCUGCGCAGAUCCCGGCCCCGCGCGGCUCCAAGCCUCCUGUCACCCUCCGCCUCACGCCUAGCACCUGCAAGAGAAAAAGAGAGGGAGACAGAACAGAAAGAGAGAGAGAAAAGAGAGAAAGAGACAGAAAAAGAAAAAAAAAAAAAAGGAG